AUGGAGAGAUCAGGUAGCCAGAAUAUCCCAGCAAAUACGACACCUACACCAGAAGCAGAAUUGAACCCUCAAAGGGUGAAGGUCCUAUUAAGCAAGUUACAUGAAGAGUUCGAUAAAAGCAAGACUGAAACUGAUCCUGCCAAAAUCAAAGAACAUUUAGCCAAGGUAGAGAAAAUCAAACGUGUAUUGAAAAUAUAUCAUGACCAGCAAAAGCAACGUCAAAGUGGAGACCUGAGCGGUGCGCCUCCAAGUGCCACACAAAUCCAGCAAAGCAGUCAGCAACUAACAUCUUCAGCUAGUACUCAAUCUGGUCCAAAUAUUACACCUUUUUCGGCAGCACCUUCAAUUGUAUCUCCAUUUGCUGCCCUGCUGUCUUUGUCGCUGAACCAGCCACAAACUGCUUCUCAGGAUACAGUAAGGAGUCAAUCACAGCAAGUACAAUCGCCCCAAAUUCAAUCACCAGCACCGCAAAAAUCAAACUUAGGCACAUCCGACACUCAAAAAAUAACCAUUGAAAAGUAUAACCAAGUAAAAAGUGUUUUGAAAGAUGUGGCAGAAAAAGUGCAAGCAUUAACAGCUGCCAAAGAGAAGGAAACUGACCCGGCAAAAAUGCAGUCGCUUGAAAAAGCAUUAUCAGCCAACCGUAUUCAAUUACAGCAGUAUCACAAGGGAGCUCUAUACAUGAGAAAAGUAUUGAUGGACUCGGGGAGGUUAACUGCAAAUGCAACGCCCGUACCAAGUCCAAGGCCACAGUCAGCUGCAGCAGUCGAUGCGCUCCAUAUUGCUACGCAAUCGCAAACGUCCAAUUAUCCAAUCAGCGAUAGAACCAAGUCACCAGUGCCUGCCAGUGUUAGUAACCCUAGUCAACCACAGUCUGUCCAGAUCAAACAGGAACCUUCUCAAUCUGUUACCAACGCAACUGCUGCCAUAGUAAAUAAGAAAUUGUCCCCACCCGUUUCAAACGAGGUAAAGCCAUCUCCGUCUCCUACAUCUUCAAAACCACCAACCGGUUCAAAACUAUCAAACACGGCCAAGCCAUCAACUGCCACCACCACCACCACCACUACUACCUCUCAAGCAUCGUCCCCCAAUGUGACAGUGCCCACAAAAAGACCACAAGUUAAUACAAACAGCACAAACGCAUCCUCGGCAAACCUCGUAAACUCACUCAGAGCUUUUGGUAGCCUGUCAACUGUCCCCACAAAUAUACCCGAUAACGACGGCCGUGUUCUUACAAAACGAAAAUUAAACGAGCUCAUAACUAACCUAUCUGUUGAUCAAGGAGACACGAAACCAACAGUUGAUAAUGAUGUCGAAGAGAUCUUUUUAGAUUUGGCCGACGAGUUUGUCCGCAACGUUAUGGGGUUUUCAUGCAAUUUGGCCAAACAUCGGAAAUUGGACAAGGUAGAUAUCAGAGAUGUACAAUUGAAUUUGGAGAGGAAUUGGGGGAUCAAGGUGCCAGGGUAUAUGCCAGAUGAGAUAAAACCGGCAAGACGGUGGCCCAAAAAAUCUGACCAAAAGAAAUGA